AUGAGACUGGCCGCGUAUGCUGGGGCCUCGGUGGUCCUAGCCACUGGUGUGUUUCUAAAAGCUCUUCAUCAGAGGUCCAAUUUCUAUUCGGCAUGCGUCUAUCUCUCUCAGAGUAGUGCGAAUCUUAUGAUCCUCACGAAUUUAUGUCUUCUCGUCACCGGAUUUGUACUAUUUUGGCUCCAGCGAGUUCUUUACGGACCCUUGCGACCGAUCGAGACUGAGCAACUAUACGAGCGGGCCUGGUUCGCCGUCACAGAGACAUGUCUGGCCAUGACCAUCUUCCGAGGCGAACUUGGAGGCUGGUUCCUGGUCAUGUUCAUUUCGCUGCUGGUCGGCAAGGUCUGGGGUUGGAUUGGCGAAGGUCGCGUUGAGUUCUUGGAGCAACAGCCCCCCGCUAAUCCUCGGUUGUUCCAUACUCGGCUCGCGGUAUCUCUCGUGCUGACGGUGUUAUUUAACUCCUUCAUGUUGCGGUACUGUGUGCAGACCGUAAUUACGCAGGCACGGCCAGAUAUGAUGGUCAUGUUUGGAUUCGAAUUCGCCAUCUUGACCAUCCUCUCGGGCUCUACCCUCCUGCGAUACGUGAUCGCGUUGACCGAGAUCUCCAUAACCCGCCAACAAAUAAAGGCCAAGGUGCAGGAACGUCGGGCAGAGAUCCGUGUUGCGCGUCUCGAGGCGAUUCGGGAGAAUGCCCGCGCGGGAGCUACCUCUCCCCCUGACAAUCUGCCUGAUGAAAAUGAUAUCAAUGAGAUGGAGAUUGACGUGCCCGGGUGGGAAGAGAAAGGUCGUUGGGUCUUCUACUUGGAUCUAUUGACCGAUUUGUUGAAACUUGUGAUUUACCUGAGCUUCUUUAGUAUCCUACUCACUUUCUAUGGCCUCCCCAUCCACAUUCUGCGGGACGUUGUUGUGACCAUCCGCUCGUUUGCCCGUCGCAUUAUGGACUUCAUGCGUUACAGAAAUGCGACAAGGGAUAUGCACCAGAGAUAUCCGGAUGCAACGGCAGAGGAAGUCUCCCGGGAAGAUGUCUGCAUUAUCUGCCGCGAGGAAAUGAUUCCAAUCCAGCCGGCGCAACCGCAACCAGCGGCCAAUCCUACUGGAGAUCCUGCACCACAGCCGGCACCACAGCCGGCCACUGGAAGCCAGCGUGUUCCUGACCGUCUACGUCCAAAGAAGCUCCCAUGUGGCCAUAUCUUGCACUUUUCGUGCCUUCGAAGCUGGCUUGAGAGGCAGCAAAACUGCCCGACAUGCCGACGUCCUGUUGUAGCGCCCACGCGAACUGGAGGGGCUGCUGGAGUUGGAGGUAACAACGCACGCGGAGGUCAGAAUGGCCUGCAGCCAGGCCAACAAGGCGCAGAUGCACAACCACGUGCUCGGGUCUAUCAGUUUGGGCCCUUCCGUGUCGGCUUUGGAGCUGUGCGUGGAGAUUUAUUCAACAAUCUUCACCCACAGGGCGACCAAGGUCACGCGCCGCAGCCUGGGGCAAACCCGCCUGCAAUUGCGCCUGGAGGACAAAUUGGGUUUGGGUUCGGGUUCGGGCGCCGUCCCCAAGCCCCCGCCCCUGCUGUCGCCCCACAAGGUGCAGCUCCAGGGGGAUCUAUCGCUGCUGAAAUCAAUGAUCAGUUGGUGCAGAUCGAACAACGGCUCAAUCAUGAGAUUGCCACUCUUCAAGCUGCCACGGAGCAUUUAAACCACGUGCGCCAGCUUCGGGUGGAAUUAGAGCGGUUGCUUGCUCAAGCAAGGAUUGUUAACCAAGAAGCUGCCGGUCAACCAGGUGCCGGCCAAGCAGUCCCGCCUCCAAACGUGAUCCCAGGAUCCUCGGUCUUCGCCACGGGCCACCAAUAUGGCCCAGACCCAGGCAGUGAUGUUCUAAACUCUGGAGACCCUCGUCUACCGGAAGGACUCACUCUUCCUCCUGGUUGGACCCUCCUACCUCUCCAGCGCGUGGACGAUGGUGCCAAUAGUGUGGCACAGACAGUACAUCCCACGCCUACCAAUACAGUGAUAUCCCCAGCUCCCCCAGCCAUGGCCAGUGCUAUAACUUCUCAGGUCCCCACAUUCCCCGUGCCUGUUCAAGAUCAAACGAGCGGAAAUUUCGGGGUAAAUGCACACGGCACCAGCAAUGCUGAAACCACUGCCGUAAAUGGGGCCUCCAGUCUACCGGUAUUACAGCCCACGCCCACCGUCCCUUCGGCGGAUAAUCGAGCAGAGUCCCCAUCUCAAGAAUGGACCGACGUUGCCCCUAGAGGGUCAUUUGAGGCUAAGCCAUCUUCCUCCAUUCCUACUACAUGGGGUAGCAAUGGGGAAUUCACAAAUAGUGCUUCUGGUCAAGCCGAGACUCCCGAGUCCGCAUCCAACGGCAAACGCCGGGCUGCAUCAGUUGAAGAAACGCCCGAUGAAGAAGCUUGA